AUGACAGGUUCAAAAGAAAUUAAAGCAUGUUUGUUUGACAUGGAUGGUCUUUUGAUUAAUACUGAGGAUAUCUACACAGAAACUACUAAUAUUAUCCUAAAGGAUUAUGAUAAAGAUCCAAUGACAUGGGAUUUAAAAUUACAGUUACAAGGUUUACCAGGACCAGAAGCUUCUCAAAGGGUAGUGGAUCACUAUGGAUUACCUAUGACUGCUGAUGAAUAUGCUAAUUUGAAUGCAAAGAUACAGGGAGAUUUUUGGCCAACAUGUUCAUUUCUCCCUGGAGCAUUGGAAUUAAUCCAAUAUUUAAAGUCUAAGAAUAUUCCAAUAGCGCUGUGUACAUCCUCAAAUAAGAUGAAAUAUGAAGGUAAAACUAGUCAUCUAAGAGAUGGUUUCUCAUUAUUUGAUGCUAUCAUCACUGGAGAUGAUCCUAGAAUUCCCCCUGGUAGAGGAAAGCCAUCUCCAGAUAUUUGGCAAACUGGUUUAAGGGAGUUAAAUGAAAAAUUUGAUUCCAAGAUUACUGCAGAUGAAUGUCUAGUGUUUGAAGAUGGUAUUAUUGGUGUUAAUUCUGGUAAAGCAUUCGGUGCUCAGGUUGUUUGGGUGCCACACCCAGAUGCUAUUGCAUUCAUCGAUGAUAUUGAUGCUAUAUUAGCCGGUCAAGGUGAAAUGUUAAAAUCUUUGGAACUUCUUGAACAUGCAAAAUAUUGUUUAUGA